UAUACUGCGGCUGUCACUUAAUACGCGUUGCGCCGAAUCUUGAAGAAUUUACAUUCUUAAAUUAUUUUUUUUACUGCGUUGACAUUUUAAUAAUGAAUAUGCCCUCAUUUUACACAAGUCUAACAGGACCUCUCAACGGAAAUUAAUGAAUGCCAAAAGACGGGAAACCACUAAAUGAUAGCUAGCUUUCUAGCUAGCUUCCCUAAAAUAUUAGCCGAUUGUCUCUAGCUUUCUCAGCCUAUUUCUGCUGUUGUCGAAUUCGUAUCGUUAUUGUCUCUACUCCAAAAUAAUGGCUUCUAUUCUCGACGAAUAUGAAGAUUCGCAGAAUAUCCGCCAUCCAGCUCAACAGCACACCCGCCUGUCUGCGUCCAACAUUGGGAUCACUCAUUCAGGAUUUGUGAAUGUUCGACUGGAAGAAGAAAAACCAAUAUUCAACAAGCAGAGAAUCGAUUUUUCUCCUCCUGAGAAAAUAAACCACUUCACAGUGUGCAACAAUCAGCUAUGUAUGAGUCUAGGGAAAGACGUGCUUCUAAGGAUUGAUCUGGGAAAACCUGACCAACCAAAUCAGAUUGAACUGGGGCGCAAAGAUGACAGUAAAGUACAUAGACUGUUCCUGGACCACACAGGAUCCCACCUUGUGAUCAGCCUUAGCACCAAUGAGUGUCUGUACCUGAACCGGAACACACAGAAGGUGCGGGCCCUCUCCCGCUGGAAGGGACACCUGAUCGAGAGUGUGGCCUGGAACAAGCUAUUGGGCACUGAGGCCAGCACUGGCCCCAUCCUGGUGGGCACCAACCAGGGGCUGAUCUUUGAGGCAGAGAUCUCGGCCACCGAGGGCAGCCUGUUCAACACCAACCCGGACCAGUACUUCCGGCAGGUGCAUGCGCUGGAGGAGGAUGGCCAGCCGGCGCCUGUCUGCUGUCUGGAGGUGGAGCGUGGUGUGGACUCCAAGUGUUUCAUCGUUGCCACCACGCGCAAGCGCCUCUUCCAAUUCGUGGGCAAGGUGCCUGAGGGCUCGGAGCAGCAAGGCUUCAGCUCCAUCUUCGGCCAGAAUCAGGAGCUCCUCCCUAGCUUCCAGGAGUUCCCCGUCAACAUGGGCUACAGUGAGAUCGCCUUCUAUACCCCAAAGCUGCGCUCCUGCCCCAAGGCCUUCGCUUGGAUGAUGGGUAAUGGUGUCCUGUAUGGCCAGCUGGACUACGGCCGGCCCGACUCGCUGCUCAGUGAUGUUCAGGUGUGGGAGUACACGCCCGACAUCGACUUCAGCUACAACAAGCCCCUCUCCAUCGUCCUGACGCAGUUCCACUUCCUGCUGCUGCUGCCGGACAGGGUGAAGGCCGUUUGCACACUGAAUGGCCAGGUGGUCCAUGAGGAUGUGUUUCCAGACAAGUUCAGCCCUCUGAAGAGAAUGAUCAAGGACCCCGCGGGGGGGCUGGUGUGGAUCUACACGGAAAAGGCGGUCUUCCGCUACCACAUCCAGAGGGAGGCGCGCGAUGUAUGGCAGAUGUACACCAGCAUGAACAAGUUUGACCUGGCCAAGGAGUAUUGCCGCGACCGACCCGAGUGCAUGGACAUUGUGCUGGCCAAGGAGGCAGAGCACUGCUUCCAGAACAAGCGGUACCUGGAGAGCGCCAAAUGCUAUGCCCUCACGCAGAACUACUUUGAGGAGAUUGCCCUCAAGUUCAUCGAGGUGAAGGAGGAGGAGGCCCUGAAGGAGUUCCUGCUGAAGAAGCUGAACAACCUGAAGCCUACAGAGAAGACACAGAUCACCCUGCUGGUCACAUGGCUGACGGAGCUGUACCUCAACCGGCUGGGCCACCUGGAGUCGAGCGGUGCUGAAGGCGCCUUGCUCCAGGAAGCCCGGCACGAGUUCCGUGGAUUUCUCAGCAGCGCCAGGCACAAGGAGUGCUUCUACAACAACCGCAGCACCAUAUAUGACCUGCUGGCCAGCCACGGCAACGUGGACGACAUGGUCUACUUCUCUGUUAUCAUGCAGGACUACGAGCGGGUCAUUUCCCACCACUGCCAGCAUGACGACUAUGGCGCCGCGCUGGAGGUGCUGUCCAAGCACUGCGACGACAAGCUCUUCUAUAAGUUCUCCCCCGUUCUCAUGCAGCACAUCCCCAAGAAGGUGGUGGAUGCCUGGAUCCAGAUGGGAAAGCGGCUGGAUGCCAAGCAGCUCAUCCCGGCCCUGGUGAACUACAGCCAGAUAGGCAGUGCCCAGCAGAUCAACGAGAGCAUCCGCUACAUGGAGUUCUGUGUCUACGAGCUGGCUGUGACUGAUGAGGCCAUCCACAACUACCUGUUGUCACUCUACGCCAAGUACCGGCCGGACUCGUUGCUCCUGUACCUGCAGCAGGCCGGCACACACGCCUCAGAGAUCCACUAUGACCUGAAGUACGCUCUGCGCCUGUGUGCGGAACAUGGCUACCUCCAAGCCUGUGUGCUGGUCUACAGGAUAAUGGAGCUCUACGAAGAGGCUGUCGAUCUGGCUUUAAAAGUGGAUGUGGACUUGGCUAAGUCGUGUGCUGACCUUCCCGAGGAUGAUGAGGAGCUGAGGAAGAAGCUGUGGCUGAAGAUUGCACGCCAUGUGGUGCAAGAAGAGAAAGACGUGAAGAAGGCAAUGAACUGCCUCUCCAGCUGCAACCUCCUGAAGAUCGAGGACAUCCUACCCUUCUUCCCUGACUUUGUCACCAUCGACCACUUCAAAGAGGCUAUCUGUGGCUCCCUGGAGGAGUAUAACCGGCACAUUGAGGGGCUGAAGCAGGAGAUGGAGGAGGCCACCGAGAGCGCCAAGCGCAUCCGCGAGGACAUCCAGGAAAUGAGGAACAAGUAUGGGGUGGUGGAGUCCCAGGAGAAGUGUGCCGCCUGCGACUUUCCCCUCCUUAACCGCCCCUUCUACCUCUUCCUGUGUGGCCACAUGUUCCACUAUGACUGCCUCUUCCAGGAGGUCAACCCCCACCUGUCGGCCUACAAGCAGACCAAGCUGGAGGAGCUGCAGAAGAAGCUGGCAGCGACUGUCCAGCCUGCCAGAUCUCGGCACCGACCCAAGGACGAGGACACUGUCAGCCUGGGCAUGGGCCAGCUGAGCCGGGAGCAGAUCAAAUCUGACAUUGAUGAUAUAAUCGCUGCUGAAUGUGUGUACUGUGGGGACCUGAUGAUCAGGUCCAUUGACAAGCCGUUCAUCGACCCGCAGAAGUAUGAGCAGGAGAAGUCCAGCUGGCUGUGACCUGGCACUCCUGUGAAGCCAGUUUCACAGCUCUGAAGUGAAGUUUAGGCAAGACUGUAACCCACUGGAAAGUGGACCUAUUGUAGCGGUGUGUGUUUAUGCCUCCAAAUUGGCAUAUGAGAUGUUAACAGGUGCCCGCUAUGUCUGUAACUGGCCUCUCUAAUGGCGUCAUGUACCCCUGACUCACUUCCUGAAUUUAAGCCUUUUGUUUAAAACUCUUUAAACUCUUCACAUCAGAAGGACACGGUAUCUGUUUUAAUAACAUUUAGAGUCUCAUGCUUAAUCUGUUUCAGGUAAAUUGUUAUAUUUUGUAUGCACAAGAUGAGCAAGGAUUCAAGUUUUGAAAUGGAAUUAGUCAUCAGAUAAUGAAACCUGCAUUUCAAUGGAUGAGAAUAUGGUGGAAUCUCUGUAUGUACUGGUAUCUGUAAGUCCUUUGUAG